GUCUCCUUCCUCUUCUUCCUCUUCGCUACCACCACACGGCCCCCACAAAAUCAAAUCUCCAAGAUGGCACUCGACUCUGUUCCCUCCUACCCCAUCGACCUUGGAUCCACCACGACGACGCCCCCGCAGCAGCAGCAGAGGCUCAGCGCCAGGAAGGAGGAGCGGACAUGGACGACGGCCACCUACGCGCCCUACGACGACGGCCACCAGUGGAGGAAGUACGGCGAGAAGAAGCUCUCCAAUUCCAACUACCCAAGGUUCUACUACAGAUGCACCUACAAGAACGACAUGAAGUGCCCUGCUACGAAACAAGUCCAGCAGAAGGACACCAAUGACCCACCAUUGUUCUCAGUCACUUACUUCAACCACCACACCUGCAAUAGCAGCUCCAAGAUUGUAGGCAGUACUCCAGAUUCUGCUGCGCAGUCCUCUUCGAGGAAGGCCAUAUCCAUCUGCUUCAACUCGCAUUGCGCAACCAGUGAACAACCCACAUUCUUGUCAUCAUCAGCUUCGUUGUUGUCACCGAGCAUUCAGUCGUACAGUUCCAAUCAGCAGCCUGACAGGAACACCUACACUCGCCAGUUUCAGUGGGCAGACACAUGGUCAUCUACACCAACAAGCAACGGUCCGGUUAAGAUGGAGGUUGACGAUCAACAUGCAGAAGCAAGUGUUUCACCCAGUGCCACUGGUGCUCUGUCAAGGACAUUGCUGCCGAUCGGUCAGUCCAGAUGCAUCGAGUACUUCCAGUUCUUGUGAUGAUUUUGACUUGGGGUGGAGGAAACUCUUAGAUGGUGCCUGUGUCUAGUGCCGGAUGAAGUUUAUAUUGGGGGAUGUGAGAUGUGGUGAUCGAUCAGAUUCCCGUAGUGAUAUACUACUGGCAGCAUUAUGUAUACUGUUUUUUUUCUUUGCAUUUAGAUUCAAGCCAGAUUUUUGUGCUUGAAUGGUGUAAAGAACUGAAUUGGCGUUUCUGUAUCUACGAGUACUUACGUGAUAGAGGAAAAGGCUAAUGUAGCAGGCAGCUGUUAAAUACUUGUAGUAAUGUAAGAUUAAGGAAAUGUCUGACAGUAAAUUAGUAAAUUUAUCUGGCUGUUACUCUAAUCUACUGGGGUAGGCGAUGAUUAUCUACAGUUGG